CCAUCAGCCAGGGUGGAGGCCGAGCCCAGGGAGAUCCCUGUGUCCCUCCCGCUGUAGGAAAGAGAAGCCCAAGGGCCAGGCCAGCUCCGGCUUGCCCAGAGUGACCCAGGUUUUAAACCAAGCGCAGUGGCCUCCUGAGAAAAUGGAAGGACUCAGAGCUCCAUCCCAGGCAGUGGGGUGGGAGAGGGGCAGUGGAGGGCUGGGGGCUCGGGGAGGGGUAGGAAAGGCAGCUGUGGGACUGGGAGGGGGUGGUCAACGCUGGGACAAAGGGAUCCCCUUAUCCCAUGCAGAGGUAAGAAGGGGCCUGGGGUGCUGAGCCCGGAGGGCCACAAAGGUGAGAUGCUUCCAGGGUCCCCGGCAUGCAGCAGUUACAGCUCACACGUAGGACUCUUCCAGAAACCCCCAAGGCCUAUCUCUGCCUCUCAGCACUUCUCCCCGCAGACUCCAGCAAAGCCCUGUCCUUAUGCUCCCAGUCUCCCCUGCAGGUCCCGAGGCAGCUCCAGCUGGGAUGGCCGCUCUAGCAUCUCUAAGCGUCACAGGGGAUCCAGCCCCUUGGGAGGCGCCCUAGGCCUCCCACAGCCCAACCAUCUGUGUUCCGUGUGGCCUCCCGUCCUCAGGACACUCGCCAUGGGGGGCUGCUUCUCCAAGCCCAAGCCAGAACAAGCCUGUCCACCUGGACCUGUCAAAGUUGCUGGAAAGGCGCAGUGGGCAGUGGAGUUCAAGAUUGAGGUGGUGCUGCCUGAGAAGGAGCGGGGCAAGGACGAGCUGUCUGCCGGCGGGAAGGGCAGCCCCCGGGCCUACCAAGGCAAUGGCACAGCCCGCCACUUCCACACCGAGGAGCGCCUGCCAGCCCCUCACUCCUACCCUGGCCCUCAGGACUGCGUGGAGGCUGCCAUCUGCCAUGUCAAGGACCUAGAGAAUGGCCAGAUGCGGGAAGUGGAGCUGGGCUGGGGGAAGGUGUUGCUGGUGAAGGACAAUGGGGAAUUCCACGCCCUGGGCCACAAGUGCCCGCACUACGGCGCCCCUCUGGUGAAAGGCGUACUGUCCCGAGGCCGGGUGCGCUGCCCCUGGCAUGGUGCCUGCUUCAACAUCAGUACUGGGGACCUGGAGGACUUUCCAGGCUUGGACAGUCUGCACAAGUUCCAGGUGAAGAUUGAGAAGGAGAAAGUGUAUGUCCGUGCCAGCAAGCAGGCCUUGCAGCUGCAGCGAAGGACCAAGGUGAUGGCCAAGUGUAUCUCUCCAAGUGCUGGGCACAGUGGCAGUACCAACGUGCUCAUUGUGGGUGCAGGUGCUGCUGGCCUCGUGUGUGCGGAGACACUGCGGCAGGAAGGCUUCUCGGACCGGAUCGUCCUGUGCACGCUCGACAGGCAUCUCCCCUACGACCGGCCGAAGCUUAGCAAGUCUCUGGAUGCACAGCCUGAGCAGCUGGCCCUGAGGCCCAAGGAGUUCUUCCGAGCCUAUGGCAUCGAGGUGCUCACCGAGGCCCAGGUGGUCACAGUGGACGUGAGAAACAAGAAGGUCGUGUUCAAGGAUGGCUUCAAGCUGGAGUACAGCAAGCUAUUGCUGGCCCCUGGGAGCAGCCCUAAAACCCUGAGCUGCAAAGGAAAAGAAGUGGAGAAUGUGUUCACCAUCCGGACUCCUGAGGAUGCCAACCGCGUGGUGAGGCUGGCCCGGGGCCGCAACGCAGUUGUUGUGGGCGCUGGCUUCCUGGGGAUGGAGGUGGCCGCCUAUCUGACUGAGAAGGCCCACUCGGUGUCCGUGGUGGAGCUGGAAGAGACACCCUUCAGGAGGUUCCUGGGGGAGCGUGUGGGUCGUGCCCUCAUGAAGAUGUUUGAGAACAACCGGGUGAAGUUCUACAUGCAGACAGAAGUGUCAGAGCUUCGGGCCCAGGAGGGAAAGCUGAAGGAAGUUGUGCUGAAGAGCAGCAAGGUUGUGCGGGCUGACGUCUGCGUGGUGGGCAUUGGUGCAGUGCCCGCCACAGGCUUCCUGAAGCAGAGCGGCAUUGGCCUGGAUUCUCGUGGCUUCAUCCCCGUCAACAAGAUGAUGCAGACCAACGUCCCAGGCGUGUUUGCAGCUGGUGAUGCGGUCACCUUUCCCCUUGCCUGGAGGAACAAUCGGAAAGUGAACAUCCCACACUGGCAGAUGGCUCAUGCCCAGGGACAGAUUCCUCAGAAUUCCUAAUCAACCUCUAUAGUCACCCUGGAGAGGGAGAGGGAUUCAAUAGGCCAGCUUCCCAUGCAGUGCUUCUGUCUCCCUUGAGUCACUUGACUGUCACUGUGAGCUCGCUUGCCUCAUACAUUCCCCUGGAGGCACAGUUUAGCCUGGGCUCAGUGGGAACAUUGUGCUUUCUGUGGAAUAGCUGUCCCCUCCCCGUAUUUGGGGGCCAUCAAACUUCCCAAGUCUCACUCACUGUACUUGGUGUGGACCUGGACUCAUAAACAGCAGAUGACAGUGAGUUAGCCACCUCAGCACCUCAUGGAAACAAUCACCAGACUCCCAGCCUGGCAUACCCCCCACUACACACACACUCACACACAUUACCACCUUUUUCUUCUACCUUGGACAUUAUCUGAAGGUCUGCUGCCUGAAAUCCCACUCCGGGUACCAGUUUUGGUUCAAGUCCAUUUCUGUCCAAGUGUAAAGUGACUGCUAGAUUGUAAGGAACCAAAGUUUACUUCUCAGUGAGAUACAAAUGGGAUUUAGGAUUUAACUAUGAGAGUCCAUGGGAUUCUCAUAUAUGUCCAAUUAUGGGGUCUAGUGAGGCCUUAUAGGCACUGAGAACCCACCCAUGAUAUUCUCCUGGGAUCCUGCAUGUGGUUGACAUUUCUGCUUCUUUGCCCCUUGGGCUCCAUUCUCCUCCCUCUUCAGAUCUGAUGAUGUGUCAGAUUAGUUCUGUGUGCAAAGCUGAAAUAGUGAAACAGAGAACUGCCCAACCCUAGCAAUCAUUCGGAUUUUCCAAAGGAACAAUCCUGCAGGUGGGCUGUGGGCUGAGCAACAGUGCACCUCUGGAUCUCCGGGGAGUCCAGGAAUAGCUACACCUGGCAGAGGUCCCUAGAACAGUGGGGUAGGCACUGUAGGGAUGGCAAGGGCCAGGGUUGGGGCUCUCACUGCCUGGGUUCCAUAGGGCGUGUGGCGGCUCAGAACAUGCUGGCGCAGGAGGCGGAGAUCAGUACAGUGCCCUACCUGUGGACUGCCAUGUUCGGCAAGAGCCUGCGCU